ACAGAAUUUUACUGGUAAUACCGCUCGGUGUUUUUGUGGUUCGAACUUUUAUACUUGUACGCUUUCGAUCAUAACAGGUUUUAAUAGCGCAUGAGACUGCGUUUACUUUCUUUACUGCUCCGCUAGGCGUGGUUAUCUCGGUUACUUCCGGUGUUGUCGAACGGAGAAGUAGCAGCGGAGGAGGUUCGGCGGCCCCGAUUGACCGUGAAAUGGCUUUCCAACAUCAACCCGGAACAGCGAUGCAGUGUCUAAGUAUUCCGAUCAAGCUAGCCAAAGAAGUUGGCAUUGAUCCAGAGGGAAGAGAAGUGAUGAAGUGCGGCUUCAAGAUUGGAGGCGGGAUCGACCAGGACUUUACGCGGAGCCCGCAGGGGUAUACUGACAAUGGCAUCUACGUGACCGAAGUCUACGAGAGCAGUCCGGCCGCGCGGUGUGGCCUCAAGGUUCACGACAAAAUAUUACAGGUGAAUGGGUACGAUUUCACCAUGGUCACCCACAAGAAGGCUGUCGAGUACAUCAAGAAGCAUCCCGUCCUCAAUAUGCUGAUCGCGAGGAAAGGCGUCACGCAUUCUUGAGGACGUCUUGGCAUCUUCGUGUACCCAGAAGUUCUUCGUUUUACCCUAAUUUUUUUUAUCUUCCCGGGACGGCAAUUUGCUCUUCUCGGUGCGUCGCUCACGACUAGUGGGUCGUCGCGUCGUCUGGAGUCACUGGAUGUUCUUGGAGUGCGGCACUUGACGGUGUCGGCUGCGGAUGGAAACGGGGCUCACCGGUCAAUUGUGUCGGGUAGUGUCGACGUUGGCCGUAGGACAGACGGUUUCGGAAACCCCCAGUCUACGAAGACGUCGGUGGGCCUCUUAUGUCGGAAUAGUCCGCACAUGCAACCGUAAAAGGGAGUGAUUCAAAAAAUGUUUUUAUUUAUCCCAAAGUUGCAAGCCACUUAUAGACUGUUGCAGGUUAAGAAUAGCGGAACAAGCUCCUCCCAGAAAGCCUUCUGCUCUUUCCACUUUAGCGGGGCAACUGCUGGAGAGGAGGAAACUACCAAUCGUGGCAGCCAGAGGUCUUCGUGGGAGGGGCUUGUCCCGCACUUCUAAACUUGCAGCGGGCUAUAAGUGCAUAUUUUUUUAGCCACGAACGAGUGCAGCAUUACAAAAUCUGCGUUUAUGGCCUUCGAGGGUAGUCUUUUUCACUUGCGCUCUAAACGCAUUUCUUUUUGUAUUGGCAAGCACAGUGAUUUGAACUGCUUCAUAUCCCAAAACUUUGUUACCGGGGCGUGGCAGACGUUUUUCCCCCAUUGCCGUUUGGCUUACCUUGGCGUAUGCUGUCGACUCUUGGUAAUUCGAAGUGCACCGUAACUCCCAUUUCUUUUUAACUGGGGUAAUUUUUUUUUAAUGUCUCUGACAGGAUGAGAAUUUUGGGGUGUCUCUUUCGGUUGCCCGACCUCCAGUGCGUGCUCGUCGUCUGUCUCGGUGCUUUGGCUGCGUAUGCUCGAAGCCGACGCCGGACUGUUACCCUAGGUCGGAAGUUUGUGCCGGAAGUUGAGCGACCGAAAGACCUUCCUGCUGAUCUCUCCCGUCGGGGAGGUUGUUACGUUUUAUGGAGUUGUAGCGGAGGCCUUAAAACGUUUACCCGAAGCAUACGCGAGACAAGCGUCUCAAUUGCAGCUGAGCACGAGGCGCUCAUUUCAUGUUUGUUUGCCGUUGGCGUCUCCAGACUCGCAAGUGUUGGCAUUUUGGGGAUGUCCGGUGGCUCCGUCGUCGUCGUCGUCUGCCGAGAUGGCACGUUUACUCAAACAACAAAAAUGGCCGGUGUCUUUGAGAGAAAGAAAGAAAAGUGUUUUUUGGCCCGCGUAAGUAAAUUUUGCGUCACAGGAAGCUGAACUCCGUGAGAAUGGAACGUGUAAGUUUGACAACGCAACAUUACCCACAGAUCAUAAUGUAAAAGAGAAAGGCCAAAUUUUUCUACAACUUGACGUCCACCUAAGCGUAAUAUCGUCGAAAAGGCAUUGUGGGUGCCUUUAGAAUUUACUGCUCGAACGAGAACAGUUUUCUCUUUCUGGCUUCCGAGUGUUUUUCACCGAUAUAAAUGCCACGUGCAUCGACAGUGUCGGUUCUUGUUCCCACUAUAUUAGGCUUAGGUGUGCCUUGGCACGUAGAAAAAUGUGGUCUUUCUCUUUUAUGUUUCUGUCCGGGUGAUGUGGUGUUCUCAAAAUUUGGCAUUUUAUCUCAACCACCAGUGUCCCCAUUCUCGCAGAUUUUCGGCUUCCUGCGACGGGCAGUUUGUAUACAUGGGCCGGAAACCUCAGUUAUUUGUUCUUGAAAACACUCGGUACUUUGUUUUUUUUAUUGACAGACAGACGAAAAAGAAGGAACAUUGUUGUUGUACAGUCGCAUUGUUUACGAACAUCAUUCCGAGGCCACAAGUUGGUUUGUGUUUUUGUUUUGCGCGCGAGACAGACGCGAUGCCUGUAGCAAAAUGGGUAAUUGGGCUUGUUGGUGCAUCAAAAGAAGGAUCAGCGCCUCAAAGAUAGGAACAGAAAACAAUAAGCGCUUCGUGCCGUCUUGUUUUUUGGCCCAUCUUUGAGGCACUUAUUCUUCUUGCAAUACCUGUUCCAGUACUUAACUGUCGCGAAAACAAACGUGCGAGACGGGCAAGUGGGGGAUGCGGGAGGUGAAACUUGUUGGCAAAACGCGGUUCCACUCUUUCAUUUAAUGCGUCCAAUUUUCUAGUGCCUCUCGACGUGGUGUGGCUCAAGGUGCUCAGCACUAAAUGCCACGCAGGACAUUUGAAAGCGAGUGACUAUGGGGGAAAGGGAGGUUAUAAAAUAUUAGAGGCAGUUUCUGGAACACUAGUAUCGUGCAUUUUAGUGUUGUUAAACUAUUUAAAAGUUUUUCUAGCGGUUCAUGGGCCAGAAAUGUCUCUCGUCGGAUGCACGCGUCUCCCGAGAAAUUGUGUUUCCACCUUUUGUGCCCCUGGUGGGCUAUCGCUGCUCCACAGUCUUCCAUGCUCUUAUCUGCUGGUUCGAAGAGGCACCCUUCCUAACAACUCCGCUCUUGCCCGUCUCUCGAUUUUGUUACCUUUCGCCGUCGGCAACAGAAUGAUAAGAAAUUCUCUCUUCGGCAAAAAUCUUAGUCGUAAGGAAGUUUAGGAACUUAACAUCUCUGUCACACACAGGCGAAUUUGGCAUAAUUUUCAGCGAGUGCACUGUACGUCUUCGAAUUUCAUUUUAAAGCAUGCAAUGCUACCUGACAAAAAAAAGUGUAGAUGGAUGGAGGUUAGUGGCUUGCGCCUCCUAGUUCGGAAAUGAUGAUUGCGACGACGAGUUAAGUAAUAAUAGAUGCAUAAGAUACAGAAGUAUAUACAUAAAUGUCUCGAUGAUAGUUUUGUGUCCUCGAUAAAUUCACUCUUCGAGACAUUGUUGCAUUAAUUGACGAGCUUAACUGUAGUUUGCUGUCUAUCAUCAAGCACCACGGGCUGAGACAAGAAAAAAAAACAUAUCUAACCCAAACCGCUACCAACAUCGUCGCACAUUGCAAGCUAUGUGGUAGGCAGGAACCAAGCGUAACUGUUUGCUUCCUGAAAAAUGUUACUUUUUGUUGAUGUAAAAGAGGCGCGUGUCUGACAACACUUCUCUAAUAAGGUUAGUUUUAUGCGGCUGUUGUUGUUUCCUACUAUAUUUUGUUUCUGGUCUUCGGACGUUGCUGCCGGUCUGCUGGGUCUGGUGAAAUGAGUUCGCUAAAGUCAAUUGAUGGCAAGUGCAUUUUCCGGCGAAUGUGACUAAAAGUUGCCUCUCGACUUUGCAUAAGUGAUGUUUAGGGCAGUGUGUGCUUGCUGAGAAGGACAGGAGAUUUGCCUGUGUGACAGUGCUACUCCAAGAGGUCUUAAGGUAGUCCGGAACAUGCGAUUGACGUCGGCUAUGAAAGCAAAUGACUCGUGGCCCGAGAUGCAGUAGGCUGGAUGCACCGAGCACACGUGGAAAAGUUAAACGGGACAUACACAGAGUUCUGAAACGACGCACCUAGUGAGGAGAAGCUUCCAUUCAGCAAACCUCUUCUACGGGUGUUCUAGAGCACCAUUCAGUCGUCGAAGAGACUUGCAUAAGGGAGACAGUGAAUGGAAGGAAAUGAAGAUUUUCACAAAGCUGUCUUUAGGCGGUCCAUUUAUCGUGCUCAAAUUUUGUGAGCUGCAGUGCCAACCAGGCAGUUUGGUUCCAAUUUUCUCUGGUGUUGUGUUUCUUCAAUAAACUUUCAAUCGUCAGUCAGCGCUUGUCCCAUCCUCCACUUCUCUUCGUCUUUGUGUUUUUUUGUGGUAUUUCUCGAUAUAUAGGAAUAACACACUUUUGGUUUUAAGAUUUUUUUUCAGAAACCUACACUCGCAAAAGUUUAGUACGAUAAAUGCACAACCUAAAGACGCCUGUGUGAAAAUUAUAAUUGCAUUUCGCCCACUGGCUUUAUUUAUGCAACUUUGUUUUACGACAGAACGGCGCUCGAGAAGACUCUGUACCCUUGCAAACAUUGCGAGCUGAAACACUCGAUCCAGCCUUUCCCUUCGUCCACGAUCCUUACAAAAUCUGUUACUUUCCAAUUUGUCAAAUUAUCCGAAGUAUGGGACCUGAACUUGGCAUUCCAGUCCUCGUUUGGACCACAGCUCUCAAAAACCGGCAGGUAUGACAAAGAAGCACGGAAUGUUUCGGUCAUGUUGCCCGCGAGAGUACAUCUCUUUGUGUAGAUUCAGCAUUGCCUUAGGAGCGGCAGAAAUCUCCUCACUUGCCUAUCUUGCACCUUUUAAAACUACAGGCCUACGUGCAAACACUGUGGGGUAGCAUGUGUCGCGAGCGUGUGGCCAUUUGCAUUCAUGUGGUGUUAUGGUACCUGUUUAAUAUGUAAAAUUCGGACAUACCAUAGUUAGGGCUUUGAUGAGAGCGUUCCGGAAAUGCACGGCAAAGUGCAAGGGGCUACCAUUUGUGCAUAGAUGUGCGUGAGCCUAACUGGCUUUAAGGCUAUUUCAGCGGUAUUUGCCGAUUAAAGAUCUAUGUGAACAUCCCUAAGCGCAGAUGCAGUGGCGAUGACAGAUGUUGAGUGUGUAAGAUUGUGUUAUUGGGAAACGAGCGAUUUUAGUGUAUGAAUGCCAUUUUACUCCGUCCCAAAGUACCUUUUGAAAUUAACUGUUGUUGCAGCCGUUUAUCACAUAUUCACUCCCUUACUGAGUUACUUCAGUUCGAAGUUUGGAGGCACAACUGUUACAAAGACAAGAUGUGAUUGGACAUGUGAAUACGUAGUGCUUUUACUGUUGUUUGUAAAGAUUUUUUAGAAGUGGAAAUGAUGUAAUAGAAAGGGCAGUAACCUGAUCAAACUUAGUCUGUCUGUUCUACUGCUAAUUCACAGCGAUUGGGCUUUGGUUACCAUCACACUUUCAAUCGUGGGCUUUUGGGAGAAAUCUCUGGUAUCGCUCACUUUAAGUACUUUACUCUGCCACUUUGCUCAUUUAUUUAUUCUUUUUUGGCAAAUAGGUUAAUUUAGCGUAUUACAGUACAAUACAUUGUCCGUCUUCACGCCGUACAUGUAGCAGAAUGCUCGAAAGGUAGAGAGCCACCAAAGUCUAAUAUAUAUAUUACAUAAAUGACACUUAUUAUAUACUAUAUCCCUGUUAUACAUGGCUGUGUUAGUCAUUUUGUAUUUUUGUUUUGGUAAAUGCAUGUUUCGUGUAGCGUAUGUUCUUGAGAAGUGCCCAUUUUUGCUUUCAAUUAAAAAAAAAAGAAAGGGUGUUUUUUUUUUUUU